GGGAGUUUUUCCUCUCCACUGUUGCUGUCAAAUUAAAUGCUUGCUGUAUGUGGGAUUUGUUGGGUUUAGUUGUGUGAGGUUUUAAACCUUACUUUGUAAAGUGCCUUGAAAUAACUUUGUUGUGAUUUGGUGCUAUAUAAAUAAAAUUGAAUUGAAUUGAAUUGAGAACAUGUAAAGAAAAUUGUAGUGAAAAGUAAGAGGAAAUCAAACAUUGAUAUUUGAGGGAGUUGAAAUGGGAAGCAGACAGAAACAUCUUAGAUAUAAUAUAUAAUUAAUACGAUCAGUAAUAGAUUAUGGAUGGUAUCAACUCUUCAGGCUCGUUGAUGGAGAUGAACGAAAUGUCGCUAGUGUUGAGAGGUGAGAGGUAUAGUAUGUGUCGUUCUUUUUGUUUGUUUUCUUGAGAUAGGAUUAGUGCAUAGUAUAGUUUUUUUUUGUUGUUUGUUUUUUUCUUUACCCCAAUAAGAAUAAGAAAACUUUUAAUAGUCCCACAAUAAAUAGACAAUAUGUAGUAACGCCAUACAAAAGCCUAGUUGGUGGCGGUAGUGCGCAACUUAGCAACUUACAGACCGCUGCCAUUAAACAAAAAGAAGCAGCAGAAGAAGACGAAGAAGAAACUUGAAGGUUGCAGGGAAACAUGGCUGCCUGUGUCAGUGUCAUGCCUGGAUUAUUAGGUAGUAAAACGUCGCUGUCUCACGGUGUUUACAAGAAAAUGUCACCCAGCGUGUGUUUCCGAGAAGCGACUGGAACACGCAGCGUGAGAGCAGCGAGCGGCGCCUCGUCAGGCUCGCGACACAACGAGAGGUUCUGUCUGGACCUGGUCAGGUCGAGAGACUAUGAUGGCUUUGUGUGCUCCCUUCUCCUCCCAGAGAAUGCUCGGCGCUCCUCGCUGGCUCUGAGAGCCUUUAAUGUGGAGCUGGCACAGGUGAAAGACUCAGUUUCCCAGAAGACAAUUGGCCUGAUGCGAAUGCAGUUCUGGAAAAGUGCCAUAGAGGAAAUCUAUAGAGACGAGCCUCCAAACCAGCCAGUCAGUGCUGAACUGUGGAGGGCAGUGAGGAAGCAUUACCUGACAAAGAGGUGGCUGUUGAGGAUCAUAGCUGAAAGAGAGAAGGAUCUGGAGGACAGAGCUUUCAGGAACCUACAGGAGCUGGAAAUGUACUCGGAAAACACACAGUCCUCAUUAAUCUACCUGCUACUGGCGUGUUUAGGUAUAAAAAACGUCCAUGCUGAUCACGUAGCGAGUCACAUUGGAAAAGCUCAGGGAAUCGUAACAUGUCUGAGAGCCACUCCUUAUAACAGCAGACGGCGGAAAGUCUACCUACCCAUGGACGUCUGCAUGCUGCAUGGAGCUUCUCAGGAGGAUUUCAUUCGCGGAAGUCGAGAGCAGAACGUUCGGGACGUGGUGUAUGACAUCGCCAGUCAAGCUCACGUUCAUCUACAACACGCUCGAUCAUUCAGCAAAAGUGUCCCAGCAGCUGCUGCUCCAGCGUUCCUCCAGACCGUGGUGUUGGAGGACUACCUGCAAAGAGUGAGGAGGGUGGACUUCGAUGUGUUCCACCAGAGUCUACAGACCAGGAACCCCCUGCUCCCCAUCCAGCUGUACCUGCGUUCCUGGAGGAAGACGUACUGAAGACUGUGAUGGAGCAGGUCUAUAAACGAAGCAGCCCUGUUUCAUUGUCUGGAACUGGUUGCUCAGUCUGUGCAAUCGCUGAGCCACAAGAAAAGCAAGCGCCAGAUUUCUCAGCAGCUUUAUCAAGUUUAUCUGUAUUUUUUGAUCUACCCCUGGUUUGCUGAGCCUUACUGCUAGGUCCCUGACACUGACCCAUUUAAGAAGCUGCUGCUAGUGAAUCUGUAAAUGAAAUGGGUGCUAUGUUCUGCUCAUGUGCUGGAUGCUUUGGCCUGAGGCCGACAGACACCAGCAUUGCCUCCACCGCACUGAUGAGUCACCACCUUCACACUCACGUAAUGUGCAGUGUGGGGCAGAACACACCACAAUUCUGAGGGCUGGAGGAGCAUUGAGCUGGCUUCCUGCUUGAGACCAGACAUGAGGAGGUGCAGGAGACCGUAAAACACCGCAGCUACACAGUGGCCAGCUUCCCAGUGAACAGCUUCCCAGAUCAGGGUGGCCCGUGUGGUCAUGCUGUAUUUGGUGUUGAUAUGAGGUGACCAUGCUGAGCCAUUUUUACCACCAACAACACCAACAAUGAUGGAGUCUCUGAAGGAGUCUGUUCCAUGGAAGUCCCACCUCACAGAUCCUUGAGAAUUUUCAUGGAGUCCAGGCCUGGACAGGUCCGAGGGAACCAGAGCAGCAGGUGGUAACGUUAUGACUGAACUGUGGACCUGCAGGAAGGUGGUGCCAAGACUCCAUCUCCAUGCUUUGGCUGAAUCACGCUUAUUAUCUGUAAUUGGGACAAAUGAAGCAGCUUUCAGGCUUAAUUUUUCCAGGUUAUCUUGUGGGAGAUAACCAUCUUCUAAAACCAAUCAGCUGGACCCUGUGAAUUGCACACACACAUCAGCAUAAAUGUCUGCUGCCUUUGAUUUUGACUCAAUUAUUUUCAGACACCGUAUUUAUUUACAACACGUCAACAUAAUAACUCGGCACAUAAGAGCUUGGUGAACAAAUAAACUUUCUACGCAGAGUAGAAUCUGUAUCUCAUAAAAGCACAUGUGGAUAAAAUACUGUGAACAUCACUGACGCUUAUUUGAUGCAAGUGUUAUGCUGUCCGAGCCUGGACCGAGCUGCCUUGUCACAUUAAAGUAGCAGUGACGCACACCAACUGCUUCUGGACCACAGGUCUGUCCCCAAAUCCGCAGAUGACACAGACUCACUGGACUGAACAUGACCUGAUCUUUGAACUGGACUGAAAUCCUUCACUGUCGCCUUUGGGGCAGCACUGAGCUGCCAGGCAGGUUGGGGCCGUUGUCGUCUGCCUCACUGUUACUUCGGUUGUUUUUGAUGUUCUCUGUUUCCUCAUGGCUCUUUCCUCUGCUUAGACACGUGCCUCCAUGGAGAUUCAUGUGCUGUGUGAGAUAAAAGAUGUUACUGUAUUAAUGAAAGCAUAAAACGUGCAAACAGCUGUAACCAACAGCUUUUGCUUAUUGGAGAUGAA